UCAGUGUCUUUAUGCAGAGAACUGAAAGGGGCAAAGAGUGUGAAGAUAAAGGCCAAAGAAAACAGGUGACUCCUGAGAUUAGUGUAUAGAUUUCCAGACAUCAGCACAGUAACAGCUCUCCAUGAAGAUCAACAGCAUGACAGAAUGUCAUUACAAAGUAUUCGAAGGAACAAGAACGCAUAGGAAGGAAAGACAACAGUAAAGAAUACUGCAAAUACUAUAUACUAAAAAUUUUCCAAAAUGAAGAAAACAAGAAGAAAAAAGGACCAGAAGACCUGAGAUGUGAGAGAGCCAUAUAUGACAGAAGGAAAGCCACUGCCACUAAACUACAACUUCUCUCCUUCCCUCGUGCGGCAGUUUCCUGCAUGUGAAGUCUUACUACAACCAGGAGAUGGCACAAGAGAGCCUUCCAACGUUUCACGACGUACGCGCCGCACUGAGAGCAAAGCUCCAAAACGCAGCAGGAUGACCAAGGCCCCUUUCUCUGUGGAGUGGCUGUCCCAGAGCAGCCAGGCCCCCAAAAGUCCCACCCAGGGCACCCCGCACCGAUCAUCGCCCUCGGCCGCCGGCCGCCGUCUCGCCUCGAGCUCCAGACCCGGACUGAGCGAACGGAGCAAGGAGAAAGGCUCCGGGAAAGGCAGGGAGCCUUCGGCAACACCCCCGGCUGCAGGUGCAGCGGGGCAACCGCAAGAGGAGCGGGGCCGCGAGUGCUCGUGCCCCGAGGAGCCGAGGGGCGGCCGGCGGCUGCGCACGGCGUUCAGCGCCGAGCAGAUCAGCACCCUGGAGAGCUCCUUUCAGAGGCAUCGCUACCUGGGCGCCGCCGAGCGCCGCAAGCUGGCGGGCAGGAUGCGGCUCUCCGAGGUGCAGAUCAAGACCUGGUUUCAGAACCGCCGAAUGAAGCUCAAGAGGCAACUGCAAGAGUUGAGACCGGAGCCUUUCUGUACUCCAGCGCUCCCUUUCAGACCUCAGGUGUCCCUGCCACUCACCUACAUGGCCCGGCCGCCGCCUCUACCCGGGCAUGAGGCUGCCCCGGGGGGCUUUGCCUUGGCAGCGUUGCCAGCACCUGCCCUGGACAUCAGCAGUGCCUGCAGAGCACAGCCUGUGGGUUUCUGGGCAGCACCCUGCUUUGUAGGAUACAGGGAUCCCAGGGCUUUCUUGCUGAGUGUCUGACCCGCUGGUAUGGACUGUGACUAAGGAGAAUUUGCACUAAUAUCUAAUAACUGUAUCUGGGCUGCCCCUGCCUGCAUCUGCCUGCUGGAGUUCUGGUGCAGCUCUGAGCAAGAUACUGAUCGACAAUCCAGAUCAUGGACUUCAGGCCAAGCUGCCCAGCAAGUUCAAACAUAGUGGGGUAAAUGGUAGCAUAAGUGGAAUCACCUAACAAACCUUAACAUUUUUUCAGCUUUCAUCUGAAUUGGUCACAAGGACUGCAGAACUAUUUAUCCUGCCCUGAAAGAGCUCCUCCCCAUUGAAUGAAGCACAGUCCUUAUUCUCUAGUUCUGUCCUGGCCCUAGUAGAGAAAGAAUAAUCUUGUGUUGUACCUUGCAAUUUACUGAGGAUACAUACAAAAAGCAUUAACUUCCCCCAUUCCCUUAAAUGGCUGUCCUAUCUCUCAGCUGCUUCCACUAUGGCACUUCAGGAGGGAGCUGUGCUUUUAACAAGACAUAUAGAUAUAUCAGGAAUUAGUUACCAGUAUUUACGACUGGGCCUACAAGGACAGCAGAAUUUGUAAUGAAGACAUUGAAAUAGCAUAUAGACUAUGAUUUUUAGGGUACAAAAAAUGGUUUUCUAUAAAUAUAUGAAAAUACCACAAUUUCAUGGGAGGCCUCAGUGGACUAACAAGGGCCUACUGCAUAAAAUAGAUCUUGGAAAGAUCUUGAAUCUUGGGAUCUGGCCUUGCAAUUUGCUAGUGUCUCAGCAUCUUGCAUGUGCCUAAUGGGGUUUGAGGGUAAUUGUCAAAAGAAAUGCAACAUUUCAAAGCUAUUUUUCUCAAAUGGCAGUAAAGUUUGUUACCAUUGUGCUGUGCACUUUUUGUUUGAGUAAUGCUCAUGACUGGAUAAUGUCUGAAGAUUUUAUUAAAAUAAAAUUUUAGAUUUCAGGCUAGAGAAAGC